AUGCCGGAGAUCAUUGUCACGCAGGUGCUUGAGGACAGUGAGAACCAGAUGCAGGAGGACAGUGAGAACCAGAUGCCGGAGAUCAUUGUCACGCAGGUGCCGGAGGACAGUGAGAACCAGAUACCAGAGGACAGUGUGAACCAGAUGCCAGAGGACAGGAACCAGAUGCCGGAGAUCAUUGUCACGCAGGUGCCGGAGGACAGUGAGAACCAGAUGCCGGAGGACAGUGUGAACCAGAUGCCGGAGGACAGUGUGAACCAGAUGCAGGACAGUGUGAACCAGAUGCCGGAGGACAGUGUGAACCAGAUGGAGGACAGUGUGAACCAGAUGCCGGAGGACAGUGUGAACCAGAUGAGAGACCAGAUGCCGGAGGACAGUGAGAACCAGAUGCCGGAGGACAGUGUGAACCAGAUGCCGGAGGACAGUGUGAACCAGAUGCCGGAGGACAGUGUGAACCAGAUGCCGGAGGACAGUGGAACCAGAUGCUGGAACAGGUGA